CCAAUCAAAAAAGGCCGAACCGGCUCCGCUUCGCUUCCCUUCCCUUCGGCUGUCCCCAAAACCCGUCAAAAUCCUCCGAACCCCGCCGCCGACGAGGGUCGUCGCUAUGGCGCUGGCGCGGCGGCUUCUCCGCCUUAGUCCCCACCUCGGCACGCUCCCGCUCCCAUCCCCCAACUCCUCGAACCUCAUCGGGACUCGCACCUACAUCUCGGACAUGCGCCGCUCCGCCUUCGUCGACCGCCUCCUCCGCUCCGUACGCUCCGAGAUCUCCUCCCUCAGUAACUUCGCGCCGCCACCGUCUCCCCCACCCCCUACGCCAUUCACCGUCGAGGACCGCCCGGGCGAGCAGUGGACCCGCCUGCGCCGCGUGUUCCCCGCGGCCGAGGGGGAGGAAGAGGAGGUCAGGGUGGACGCCACGUUGGUAGACGGCGCGCUCCCUGCCUCCCGCUCCGGCGCGGACACGGGCGGUCCGCCCAGGCUGCACAUCAGCGUCAAUGUCGAGGUCUCCAAGGCCGCGCGGCCUGGAGUGGUGCUCACCUUCGAGUGCUCCGCGUGGCCCGACGAGAUGGAGGUGCGGAGGGUCUUUCCCGUCCGCCGCGGCGGGCCUGCGCCAGUGCAGCAGUACAUCGGCCGCCAAUUCAGUGAGUUAGAUGAGGAAAUGCAAAGCGCGGUGCAAGAUUAUCUGGAGCAAAUUGGAGUGAAUGAUGACCUUGCUGCAUUUCUGCACGCGUACAUGGAAAACAAGGAGCAUACUGAACUUAUCAGAUGGCUGAAAAACAUUGAGUGCCAUAUCAAGAAAUGAACAUUCGACUUGGGUUAAUCGUUUGUCUUACAACACUUGUGGCCUUAGAUCACAAUCUUGGCACUUUACUAUUAUUUGAAUUUAUUUUUAUUGGUGUCAGUUUGUCAGGUAUGCUAGUGAUCUGCCUAUACACCCCCGGGAGGUGUUCUCUCCAGGAAGCAGGCCAGUUCUUUUUGCCCUCUAUUUCUCUUUCCUUUGAUUGUAACAUAAGAGCCAUGAUUCAUGUGUCGAAAGCUUCCAACUCGGCUGUAAAUGGUAGAUAUUUCCUUGCCUCAUCCGUGUAGGUCUUCUUGCUUAAGGGUGUAAAUGGCUGUCUGGAAAUCUGAAGUAUGGAUACCAAAUGGUAGAUAUUUCCUUGCCUCUCGUCCGUGUAUGUUGUUUUCUCUAUCUAAUUCUAGAUUUGUAUUCAAAAUGUCCGAUAACAUCUGAAUCUAUGAAGAAUAUAGUACUGG